AUGCGCUGCCAUGGCAUCAGCACAUUUGACCCUGUGCUCACUUUGAACCCACGGACGGGUGAACAGAGGACACUGACGGUACACAAUCUGUCGGGUUUUCUUGAGCGCCAGGUCAUUGCACACAAGCUGGCGUGCCAGAUUGUCCCCUCAGUAUGGGGCCCCUUCUCAGACGAGGAAAGCCCAAAAAUGAAUUAUCAGGCAGAGCACCAGCUCGUUCAGCGACUAGAGCGAGGGCUGUACGUGCUUUUCCACAUGGCUGAUAUUGCCCGCGACACAUACAAAACAAAACAAAAGAUAAACCCUCUGAUUCCGGACGUUACCGGCCGCCUAUUGGUGCUUACUAGGAUGCUAGAAGAGUACCACGAGAUCCCGCGAAACAAGCGUCGUCUGACGUCCUUUCAAGAGUAUGCCAGCCACGCUUAUACAGUCUUAAAGUGGGGCUAUAGAGAAGUAGACAUCGGCAGGAGACGACUCAAAUUCAGAGGCUACCUUGAUGAGCAGACAGAGAUUGAUUUCCACACCACACUCCGAAUGCUGCGGGAGCUUACGGAAAGGAUGCUUCUCCGACACGGUCCCAGAGACUGGCAUCGGGAUGCGAGAAACGAAUACAGCGUGACCUCGUGGUUUCUGCUGAAGCAAUCGCCACGAUCCCUAGCAAAGCUUCUCCUAAGCCCUCAGGACGAAUGCUGUGGUCUGGAGGAGAAAGCUUCUGAUUCCAGUGUAAGAAAAUGUCAUUUCUCAGACCCACUGGAUGAUUACUGGAAAGCUUGGAAGAAUGUCCCAGAGUUGGGCUGCCGGACCUGUGACUGCAAGCGACAAGUGAAAAGCUGGAGUGUGAAACCAGCAUUGAUUGAUGAUCGAGGCCGACAAUACAACCGCGCUGCGGAGAAGUAUUUGAAAGACAUGUGGACUCAAAGAAACGUUGGCCUUCACCAAGUUUGUACAAUGGGCUAUUUCAAUAUUGUUUUAUAA